CUUUGCCCAACUGAAUCUAACCUGUCCAGGCUCGCCCCCAGGGCGUCUGACAGCCUAAAGCUUAACCGGUCCCCCUGCUGACCGCUCGUGCUCCAGAAUCUCCAGAGGAUACAACCUUACCCACCUAAACUCUCUCGCCCAGCCAGUCCGGUCCAGUCCCAGUCCAUUAGGCUCGCCUCGCUCACCACGAACGAGAGAGAAUUUAGACAGUUCUGAUCCGUUACCAUGGACUACUCGCACACUGCGUUUUUCCCGGGCGCUCCGCCCUACCAAUUCAUGGGAGCUCCCGUUCCGCCGACGCCGUCUCACUCCAACUCGGUGGCGUCGGAAGACUUCAACACCAAAUCUCCUCCGGAAAUCUUCGACCAGUAUCCCAACGGAAUACCUGCCGAACAGUUCCAGAACUUCGAUGGCUACGUGCACUUCAAUCCUGCUCCCUCCUUCCCGGGGCCGCCCACGCCCCCGGGACAACUCCCGGUGCAUGCCGCAGGGGCUCCGGUGAACGGUGCUGGUGCUGUCCACCAAACCGGACCCACCCCCGAGGUUCUCCCCGUCUCCAAAGUCGAAACUGAGGACGCAGGUCGCAAACCAAACUCGAACUCGGAGGACGAUGACCUAACCCCUGCCCAGUCGAGGCGCAAGGCCCAGAAUCGUGCAGCCCAACGUGCAUUCCGGGAGCGCAAGGAGCGCCAUGUGAGGGAUCUCGAGAACCGGCUGCAGGAGCUCGAGCAGGCCCAGAACGAGGCCGCGUCCGAGAACGAGCGGCUGAAACGCGACCUGCAGAGGAUGGAGACGGAGAACGAGAUCCUGCGAGCGACGUCAAUGGUGGCGGCGAAUGCAGGGUCCCCGGCGGCCGCCGCGCCGACGACUACCGGGCCAAUGACCUACAGCCCAAGCGACUUCUACAGCAACGUCCUCCAGGGCCACGCCAACAAGACGCCGAGCCACAGAAUAGUCACGAGCGAGAAAGGCGAACGCCUGCUUGCGGCGGGGGCCACGUGGGAUUUCAUCAUCAACCACGAGCUAUUCAAGCGGGGGCUCGUCGAUGUCGAGGCCGUCAGCGAGCGCCUGAGACCCCAGGCCAAGUGCGACGGCCAGGGUCCCGUGUUCGAGGAGAGUGCGAUAAUCCAAGCCAUCGAGCAGAGCGUGGCGGGGAACAGCGAUGAGCUGAUAUAAGUGGGACCCAAAGAGAGAACUCUGAUAAGAGUUCGCGCCUUCGGGGCGCCGACCCGGUCUUCUGCCUUUCGGGACCCCAUAUCAGCGCAACCCGGGGCAUACCAUAAGCACCCCGAU